CCUAGCGACAUAGUGGCAGCCUUUUUAAACUUCAUUUUUCUUUUCAUUUUUAACGUGGAAAUGAGGCUCAUGAUCUCUGCUGCACACCGAGGAUUACUCACUUUUAACUGAGCCGUGGACAGCUGGUCCUGGAUGUGACACAAGUGAUUUUGGAGAAGUUUAAAAAAUCCUGCAGUAAAGAUUAUGGUGGUUUGAGGACUUGGAAUAACGAAAGAAUUUAACGAACACACACACACCAGACACAGACACACACACACACACAGUGAGGAGACCAUGUGGUGGUUCCAGCAGGGGAUGAGCUUCUUGCCCGCCGCUCUGGUCAUCUGGACUGCGGCGUCCUUCAUCUUCGCCUACAUCACAGCGGUGGUGCUGAACCACGUGGAUCCUCUGGUGCCUUAUAUCAGCGACACUGGAACUAUGGCACCAGAGAGGUGUGUGUUUGGCAUUAUGCUGGAUGUUUCGGCCUUUCUGGGUAUGGCCACGGUGUACGUGCGUUACAAACAGGUGGAGGCUCUGCUGGAUGACAACGAGCUCAGACUCCAGAGACUGAACCGCUUCGGGCUGCUGCUGGGCUGGAUCAGCUCCUUCGGGAUGUGCGUGGUCGCCAACUUCCAGAAGACCACGCUGUUCUCCAUGCACCUGGUUGGGGCGGUGCUGACCUUUGGGGUCGGGGCUCUCUACAUCCUGGCUCAGACGCUGCUCUCAUUCAACAUGCAGCCUCACGUCCACAGCAAGACCAUCUACCUGGUCCGCCUCGGUAUCGGACUCUGGACCCUGUGCAGCAUCAUCAGCAUGUUUGUAUCAUCAGUCAUCAUGUACAGCAGUCUGCCGGGAGUCGACGUCAAAAACAAACUGCACUGGACCCCUGGAGAGACGGGUUACACCGCUCACAUCAUCAGCACCAUAUCUGAGUGGUCUUUGGCCUUCUCCUUCAUCAGCUUCUUCCUCACCUACAUCAGAGAUUUUCAGAAAAUUACUCUGCGGGCAGAAGCAGAUUUGCACGGCAGCCACCUGUACGACUGGUCACACGGCGGCGUCUCACCGUCACAUCGCCUCAAACAUGAAACCUCCGAGUCGUCUCUGCUGCUGGCAGGAGGGACAUGACCAGCAGCAGCACAGCGUCCUACUACAAGAAGUGCUUUUACACCAAUUUACACUUUCUAAUCGUAUUUAAAGGCUUUUUAGAGUUUCUUAAAAAAAAAGGUGGUGUGGCAGCUUGUAAUAGGGUCACUUCAACCGAAUAUAUUCUGUCUCUCUCUUCUCUGUUUUGGUUUCUCUACAGUCGGACAGUUUAGGUUUUUAUUUGUUAUCCGUCUCUGAGAUUUCUGCCUCCAUCCCAACACAGUGGAGGUAGAUAUCUCUAAAGAUACCAUCAGAGGAGAGAAGAAUGUUUUUUUAUUUUUUAUGAAGCAUUUUUUGUGAACUGAGCCUUUAAAACCAAAAUAUGACGCGUUGCACUUUUCCCUCAAACUGCAUCAGCUUCUCUCGCUGACUUUGUCCUGUUCAGGGCUGCACUUUGUACCCUUUACACCCCACUAUUGGGUUUUAACUCUCCGGUGUUUUAUGAAGUUAUAACUUACACAUGUUCUUCCUUACAGACCUAUGGAGGGAAUAUAGAUUAGAUAUUUUAAAAACGUGUUUAUGCUUGAAAUCAGCGCACAGAUUAUUAAACUGUUUUGAGGAGGGGUUUGUUUCCUCUGAAGUUCGGCACACAGGACGGUUCUAAGUUAUCAGUCUGUGUCAUUUAUCUGCAUCAUACUCCUGUUUCUUUGGAGGCUUUUUCUUUCUUUCUCUUUUUUUUAUACUGGUUGGCAGGUGUUAAACUGAUGAGACAGUAACUUAACACAGCUCCCCCUGCUGGAGAAUGAUGAAUGUGAGUCGGUGCUAACGGUGUGCCGCCUGAAUAAUUCUACAUUUAUACAGUAUUUAAUUAUAAUUAAUCAAUGUAAUAAUCCAUUUUGGAAAAUUACCGUGAAUGGAUUCAAUUUGCUUUGAAAUAAAGUAAUACAUAAUAAUAAAAGACAUCAUUACAUUUGCAAAUUAUUAAUUAUAAAGCAUUACUCUGUCUUUAUAUGGUGGAUUUGUCACUACAAUUUAAAUUGGUUUUGCAAAAUUAAAUUUAUGGCGGCUUUUAGAUUUUACUUUUAUUCCAUUUCCAUAAUGUGUCUUCUGAUUAUAUCUCACAGUUUGUUUGUCUUGGUUGCUUUAAAGGAGCCCUGUGGAGUUUUAUGUUGAGAAAGUGUCUGUUUACAUUUAUUAAUUCACACUAAAACACACAAUAUUUGUGCUUGAAGUCUAACAAAUGUGUGGAAUGAUUUGUUUCCCCUCAUAAAACAUUUGUAGAGGCAACUUUUAAAAAUAUUUUAAAUAAUGCUGCAAUGAUUAGUCAUACAAAAAAAUUAAUUGGUGACUAAUUUGAUUAUCAAACAAUUUCAUUAAAUUCAUCUUUUAAGUAAAAAAACCAAAUAUUUGCUGGUUUCAGCUGCUCAGAUGUGAGAAUUUGAUGCCUCUCUUCAUUGUACAUGAGAAUAAACUGAAUAUCUUUGAGUUGGGACAAAACAAGAAAUUUAAAGAUUUGUCACCUUGGACUACAGUUAAUAAUAAAGAGCAUUUAUGACCUUUCAAAAUGACUAAUCUAGUAAAUUACCAGCAAAUUAGUUUAUAACAAAAAAUAAUUGUUAGUUGCAGCCCUCAUUUUAAAAUAUGCAUUAUUUACGUCCUCCUUUACUAGCUGUCGUCAUCUUCUCUAUCUUCAGUUAAGUAUCAUUGUGUGCAUUAAAACAGAACAGCGACCAACUCAUUACAACACUGCUCUAUAGCGCCACAAGUGGUCACAAACUCCACAGUGCUCCUUUAAUCUAAAGACAACAGGUGUCUUAAAAAUAACAAGAACCAUCUAAAUUAAAACCAAUCAGUGUUAUAUUUACCAACUUAUUGAUUAUUAUUAUAACUUAAUGUGAAAUUAUUCUGAUGGCACAUACUCAGCAGUACCUGCUGGUGACUAACUGACAACGUCUUAAUAAGAAAACAUUAAUAUUUUAUCAGAUAAAGACAAACUUGACUUUUAACCCUGAGAUGUUCCUGUACAUAUCUGUUGUACAUUAUACAUGAGGCUAAUAAAGAUUUAUUUGUUUGUA